GCUACGAAUGCAAGCACGCCGACCGUGCGGUGCCACCGGGCGACGCGGCCGAGCAGUUGCAAAUGCCGUGGCUGUCGGUCACAUCCCCGCAGGGUAAAGGGCUGCUCCCCGGCGCGGACGUCCGCGAGGGCGGGAACCAGAGCGCACCGGGUGUGAUCUACCCAAGCGGAGACUGGGAAUUCGUGGACAACAAGUGCAUCUUCUACUUCACCCCAGACAUGGCGCUCUACGACAAGCAGCGCUUCUAUGUCCUCGUCUGGGCGCGGAAUCCCGUGCGGCCCAUGCCGCGCGACGACCCGGAGAACGUGUGGCAGGUGAUCUUCAACGCCUCAGGUGACUGGGGACUUCCAGUGGACCACCAGGUUCCUUGCAUGCCCUACUUCCCGCCCUACUGCAACGAGACUGGCGAAGCCUACUUCGUCAACCCAGUGUCCUUCCCCUCGAAUCGGCGACACUUCGAGCUCCUUUAUCCGAACUAUACGGACACCCAUACGGAGUCAGGACCCUACGACUUCGCGGUGCCGGAAGGUGAGGACCAGUAUUUCGUGACGAACUACGCGGUGUUGGGCGUGCUGACGCAGCCCAUCUACCAGCCGCAAAACAUCGUGCUGGGUGCCAGGACCGUGGUCCAGCUUUGGUUCGUGGCAGAGCUCGGUGCAAAUCGGGGCGGACAAGUUGGCGUCCAUGCGCCAAACGGCUUCGAAUUCGGCCAGAUUUGCUCGGCGAGAAAUCUUCCAGACGAGUACUACGCCUCCUUCGGACCUCCGGCACAAGACGCACCACAGCGCGUCUGGCAACUGGAGGACAUGGGUGACUGCCAUUUGGGAGCGGCCCCAAGUUGGCACCCAAGCGGCGUCUACGCGCUGAUCAAGGUGGCAGGCUCCAUCAUCCAGAACCGCCUCUAUGGCUUCGAGAUGGAUGUGAUCGUUCCG